AUGGCGUGGGGAAUCAACCACGUCAUCACCUUGGUGAGCGCCAUUGCUCACCUCAUCACCAACGCCCCUUGGGCUGUUCGUGAUGCCUCCUCGUGGCUCAUUCAGAGCCUCAUGCCCCCUGCCUACCAGAGGUCGCUGCCAGCGACAUCCUCCUCCGCCACAACCUUUGCCACGGCAGUUCUCUCUGCCUUCUCCAGCUCAACGACAUCUCUGGUACCAACUGCGUCUUCGGUCCUUCGCCCCUUUGUCACAACCGUAACGGCAACAACCACGUCAACGGUUACUACAACCACGACCAUAGGCUUCUCCACGUUCAGUCCUUCGUCGACUCCCGGUUUCUUCGACUCAAACAACAUGCGGAUGCCUCCAUCUGAGAUAGUUCGUCUUCAAGUUCAACCUGGUUUGGCAUACAAUGGCCACAUACUCUCUCAGUUGGAAAUCUUCAUCAUUGUUGCGUCGUUCAUGGCCCUGCUGCGUGUUCUCCUAUAUCUUCGCGAGCGCAUCGCACCGUCGUCCUCACAAGAACAACAGCAGGAACAAGGACAAGGACAACAAGGGCUCGAAGAACAACAGUCCGAGAUGUUUACGGCUCCAGUCAAUUGCAGGUUCCCCACGCUUCCUUUGCCUCCUGUUGAGGAGAGUCGUUUGUGGCUUGACAGGUACUUCAUCACGUGCGGACAAUUUUUCGACAGAUCAAGCUGGACCGCCUCGUCUUCGACUUGCGUGACUUGGAUCUGUUGGCUCUUCGGGUUCCCGCUUUCUGUCAUCUUUCGGCUCUUCAUUAUGAUCGUCUACGUUUCUUACCUGACCAUCGCACUCAGCGCAGGCGUCGCCAUUCUUCAUAUCGAGCAGUUUCAUGCAAACGCCCCCCCUGCCGAACUCUUGCUAGACAUCUUGUUUGGCACGGUAGUCGACCCGCGCCAAGUGUUUGAAGAAUCCAAAUGGCCAAAGACCAGACUGGCACUUGCAGUUCUGCGCAGACAAUAUCCGCAGUCCGAUCUCCUCGACACCCGCUCCCAGCAAAACCGCUUCGAGGUCCCUUACUCCCCUGAAAGCAGCGUGCAGGGAACUGCCGCCGGUGCUCCUUCCUCCAGAGAGCUGGAACUUGUUCAACAGCUCGAAUUGGCCGAUGAGAGAGCCCGUGAGUCUUUGCGUGAGUCCACCUGCCAACUGGAGUCAAAAGGCAAACAGAUCGACAGACUCCAGGGCCAACUCAACGAGCUCCGCCACCAACUCCACCGUGAAAUGCAAGACGGUGAAACAGAAAGACUUGCUGUUGUUUCGGUGCGCUCUCAGCUAGCAGAAGCUGAAAAGGCCACCAAAAAGGAACGACUCGGCAGAAAACUUGCCGAAGAAAAGCAUGCUGCCGCUCAACAGAAGCAGUCUGAGUUGGAGGAGUCAUUCCGUCUUUCCCUUUCGGCUGCACAGCAGCAACCCCAGGAUGAUCUGAAGGCCAUCAAGGCCAUGCUCGAUGAGGCCAACGCAAGAGCCGAGCAGGUCUCUUCUGCCGCCUUCGCAAUGCAGCAAGAGCUUGCUGCCAAAUCCACAGAGCUAGAGCAACUCAAGGCUCUAGCUUCGACAGCGACCACCUCCCAGCAAGCCCUCACCGCCAGAGGUGAGGAGAUCGAAAUUAUCAAGAGGAUGGCGCAGAAAGAGAUCUCAGCCAAAUCCAAGGAGAUCGAAAAGGUCAAGAGCCAGGCACAAGAAGAAGUCCUGGCCAGCAAAAAGGAGGUCGAAGAAACCACGGCCAAAGCCGCCAAAGUGGUGACUCUCCAAAAGGCCAAGAUCGCCAAGUUGGAGGAAUCCUUGCAAAAGGCCAAGGACCAAAAUUUGACUGCGCUCCUGGCCCAGGAGAAGGCAGAGGUCGCCCGCCUGAUGGCCUUGGGCACAAAGGUGCAGGAGGAGCGCGACCAAGCCCGGUCGGCGGUGGAGGCGCGGGAAGAGAGGCUCAAGAAGCUGGAACUUGAGCUCGAAAACCUCAAGGCCGCGGACAGAGCCCGCGCCCAGCUGGCCUCAACGGUGGCCAAGAAGGCUCCUGGCCUGGAGGCAAGCAGGUGGGCAACGCCCCAGAGCGCUGCUGACCAGAUACGAGAUACCAAAAUGGAUCUCGACGGUGAAGACGCUGACACAAAGUCAGCUGGGCUAUUCGGGGCGACCCCGAUUGGGUUGUUUGGGGCAAAGAUUCAGCCCUUUCAACCAGGCUCGGGGUUUACUGUCUUUGACAGCAAACCUCAGACCAAACAACAAAGCCAGUUUUCGGGCUUUGGGAGCCAACAGCAGGGCAGCCAACAACAGGCUAGCCAAUCAAGCCCAUUUACAGGCUUCGGGAGCCAGCAGCAGGGUAGCCAGCCCUCUGCUAUCGGCAACAACGGCUUUGGGAGCGUCUCUUCGUUUGGAAGGACUGGUUUUGGCAGCAACCAGCCUUCCGCCCUUGAAAAUUCCGGGUUUGGUGGCAUUCCAAAGAGCCACCAGACUUCAGGGUUUGGGAACGUGGGCUUUGGCAACGCCCAACAAAACAGCGGAGCGGUGGUCAUUCCCGGUCUCACCUUGCUGGAUCAGAGCCAGCAACAAGGUCAGGUUCAUUCUCCUGACCAUAACAUGACGGAUCAGGAUGCUCCAGCGGCUCAGCCCGCUCCCUCAAUCUUCGACAUGUUCCGAGGGUCAAACAAUCAAGGCCCUCCUAAACAACCGGCAUCAACCCAAGAUGCCUUCAGACCGGCCACUCUGCAGCCGUUUCAACAUACCUUGACCCUGGAAGGCUUUGGGUCAAACCAGAACAAUGCCCAGUCUUCGGGCACCAGCUUUAUGAGCCCACCAGCCGUUACAGGCUUUUCAGUGGUCGAUGACACGGCCACUCCGAGGUAUGGGCGGGCCGGCGCGAUGUCCUGGUACCAGGCCUAUACAGCCCGUACGGUGAAUGACCGGGCUGUUGAAGAAAAGACGCAAAAGGCAUGGGAUGAAGGAAGGCAAGCUCCUCGGGCUUCCGCGGCUGAUCUGGAGCGGAGGGCUGUUCGAGCGUUGCCUCCACCAAAGACUGGGUUAGUUGUGAUGCCCACUCCAGAGACUCCAACUAACCAAGUCAUAGGUCAAGGGCACCUCGAAACGGCGUCCAGUCAUUCACCAUGCUAUGAUCAACCUGAUCAUAGCCCGAAGAUUGCUUCAACUGGACUGCAAAAACCCCCAAAACCACAGAGCGCUCCUACGGCCACCGAAACACCAUCCACAUCAGUUCCGCUUUCAACCCUCAAAGAUGAAAGCGGAAAUGUCAUCAGCCCGGCGUUCGUCCCCAAUGCCACUUCUUUCAAGACCUCGCCAAAACACAGAAAGCCGGUGCCUCCGAGUGUCGCUGCCACCCUAGACACUCCGAUCAAUCUAAACAGGCCAUCACCACCAUACAGACCUUCGACUUCUUCUUCUGCGGGAUACGCCCAGCUACAAUCGGCCCAGAUCCCUUCUUCGAGAUAUCAUCCGGGAGCUUUCAAGAUGAAGCCGUCGCCGUUGGCUCAAGUCAUCAACACCCAAGCUUCAAAGCCAAGACCUGCUUCAAGGUUGUCAAACGAGCAAUCAGAUGAUGAAACCCCGUCGGAGAGUGAUGACGAUUAUGAAAGCGACCAGGUCUCAACAACAAGCGCCCAGGAACAGGAUACGGAGUUUGAAAACCCAACAACUCCACCGAAGCGAGUAUCUCCAGCAUCGAGCACGGCGACCUCCCAAGAAGGUUCUAAUUCCGAUGAUGACAAUGAUGAUGACAAUAAUGCAGUGUUCGAAGACAUUGAUCUCAGCCUCGACAACAUUCCCAGCACUCUCACGGAGGUGUUGUCCCUGGAGCCAAUUUCUCCCGAGCGUCCACACGACCUCACCAAGAACGAGGCCUCCUCUAGCGAAACCAAACCCGAGACUGAGACUGAGACUGGCAACGACAAGAACAACAGCAAGAACUCGAAGGCUCAUGGUCAUCAACGACAACACAGCAAGACCAGACCCGCUCCUUCCGAGGCAUCAUCUCCUGUUUCCAACAAACGCACAUGUCAAGCCAGUUCUCCGUCUUCCGACUCUCCGGAGUCACCACAAUCGGACGCAUCGCCACAAAAGAGACACGCAGGCCAGUUCCGGCCCAUGGUAACCGAUCCGAAAAUCGACGCCACGUCAUACAAAGGGAGAGACUGGGCAUAUAUCCACCACAUGGCAUUCCUUGAUGAUCCGGAGGAAUUCGACGGCGAAGGUCCAUUUCCACACUCGAAGGAUUUGGAAACUCAGUUACCUCGGACCAUUUACGGGUGUCGAGAUCUCAAAUGUGUCAGGAAAGUAGUGGCGCAUGAUUGUGUCUUGACUUUGGCUAGAAGGUUGGGCAAGGAACAGGAAGAGGAGAAGGAGAAGGGGUCGCUGGGUACACAAACUCGUGCGGAGGCUACGGAGGUCAUUGAUUUGUGA